AUGGACGAGUUUCUAGCCACAAUUGGCCUGCAAGCCAUGAAGUACACGGUUCGCAGUGGAAUCGCUCUGGCGAGCUCGUAUGCACUCGGACAAUGUUCACGCCUAUUACACUCGGUCGACAACAAGAGUCUCUAUUCCGAGCUGAGGGUCCUCGAAAAGCGUCUCGACAGCAAGAUCAAGAUCAUCUCGCCAGCCAUCGAGCUUGUCCAGUUCAAGUCUGGUCGUGGAAACGUCUUCCUGGAAGCGGCUGUCCCACUCACCAAGAGCCUGCUUGCAGACACGAGAGCGUUAGGUCAGAGAAUUGCAGCGGCGGCAGUGCUCGAGGAAGCUACACCCAAGGCCAGCAGCCAAUCUACGAGGCAGGGAGGAAAGGACUACAAACAUCUGCUAGAGGUCAUCUCUGAUGUUCGAGGCUUUUUGGAACGCAUCGAUCGUGAGAUACCCCUCCUGCAGCUGGCAAUCACGGCAUCUGGAGAAUCCCUAUCAACAUCAUUACCCGCCAGCAUCUCACCAUCGAGACUUCUCCAGGCCAGUACGCUCCUCGUGGUGGGCGAUACCCAGUAUGCACAAAAUCCCUCCCGACAGUCUCAGAUUGGUCCUACGUUUCAUCUCUCCUUGUACAUGCUUUUCCUCGGACACGCGUCAGUUGAAAGUGGUCCUCAGUCAGCCUACGGGUUCGGCGAGAACGAGAGACAGCCACUUUGGCAAGAAGUCAUUCACAAGGCGCGGGUACAACUGUUUCGGUCGGCCCAAUCAUUUCUGUCCGAAAACGACGAGGAUGGAAGACAUGUUCGCAAGUCCAGUGGCCCAUCCAACGCCAACUGUGGGCUGGAGUUUGCCUAUCACUUGGAAAUCAUCGAGGACAAGGACGACGGAAGAGCUCAUGACGACGAAGUGGACGAUGCCACGUCGUGUGGUGUCCUAUCGCGAACCGGCAUUCAGGAGACUAUACCCGUACAUCAGCUCUCGAAAAUCUUCUACACCGAUACCGGUAGAAUUCUAAACCUGGGGAGUGCCGCCGAUGGCGAGAGCAAUCCUGUCUUGCUGCUCAAACGAGACACGAAUGCGCCUCCGUUCUCGAGAGGAGAAAAGUGUGACAUGCACAACUCUAUGGGCUGCAUAGAGGAGAGCUGUGACGUCCAAUUUAAAUGCGAAGACGACGAGCAAUGCGACGUUGACAGACAGCUACAUGCUGAGAAGACUCGCGACUGGCAAAAGUCCCACACAGGAAGACCUGUAGACGGCGGCGCAUCCAAGCUACCAAGACACCUUGAUCCUGAGUGGAUAGCUCUUGAAGUCUACGAGUGUGAUGAGGAUGAGCCUGAUCACAGCGAGUGUGACAGCGGGUCGGAGGACGAGGCAGAAGCCUUGGAGACAAAUGAUCAAGCGCCAAUAACACGAAGAACCAGCAGCAGCCGAGCAUCUGUCGAUUCCAAUUUCGCGGCCCAGAUUAGAAACCUAUCGCUCCUUCCGAGCUCAUGUUCUCGCACGUCUCAUGACAGCAGGUCAACAUCUACACAGAACCUUGAAUUCGAAAAGGCAGAGGCUCUGGAUUUUAUAGCACGGUCACCUUUCCGGGCCAUCACGUCCAGCUUGGCUCUGAUCGACAUGCUCAUUCGGCUCGCUGGAUUGCAGGAGUUUCAACAAACGUCACACUUGUCCAUUCCAGAUAAUGUUUUGACAUUUUUCCUCGAGGAGACAUCGACGACGGGAUUGUCGGGCGACGCACGGCGAGCGGUACGACGUGAUACGAAGCGUCGUGUGGGUUUUGACCCAUACACAGACAUUCAACAAGAGUAG